ACCCUGGAGCGCUCCAUCAGAUUUUUAUGGUUUGCUCUAUUGCACCGCCGAAGUCAAAUUUGAGGAUUUUUAUUCGACUCGAAAAAUAUUUCGCUUUAUGGAAUUACCAUAAAAUAAUAAACAUUAAACCCGAAGGCAGCUGUAAAAAAGAAUCUAAUGCUGCUAUACGGUAGGCCUACACAUUGAAUUUCGGUUUGUUAAUUGUUUGAUCUGAUAUAAUCAAGUGAAAGGGUGAAGUAUAAAACUUUUGUGUGAGGCAAAUUUUUCUUCAAAUCUAGGGUACAAGUACAAACAUCGCUGCGGUGCGACUCCUGCGUUUUCUUGUUUCUCCACAAAUUUUUUUGACCUUCAACAAAAAAUGCGAGGUUUUACUUCACUUCUGAGGGACUCAUAACAUCAGUCUAUCACGAUGAUGGGCAAGGAAAGGUCUACCAAAAACACGGUCCCCGAGAUUCCAAAAUCUGUUUUACAAAAACUCAGCGAGGUAAGAACAGACGAUUUUCUUGUAAAUUUAGCUAUGCAUUUAUUUAUGUCAAUCGCUUUCGGGACUGGUAUAUAGAGAAUAUUAUCUCUGCCGUUCAAACAGUAUUAUCGGGAUGCACGUUCUGUUUUCAAUUCAACUGACACUUCUUGCCAUACUAUUCUGUAAUUUGUUUUGUAUGUAUUUGAUAUUUUGUAAAUUUUAUUUCUCAAGGACAAUACAAACAGAUCUGAUUGCCUAAUAACACAGGAAACAACAACACAAACAUUGCAGCGACAACAAAUUGUAAAUAAUCAAAUAUUCCUUUAUUGAUAAAUAAUUUUUCAUCGACGUUUUCCUAUCAGGUCUAAAGUGUAUAUAAUUGAAUUCAUAUUUUAGUUUCUUACUAGAAUUUAAAAGUUAACAAAGAUGAACCAGAUGAGUCCGGUUCAAGCACUUGUAAAUAAUAGUACUGACCAUUAAACCUGAAAACCAUUAGCUGUAAUAUUUUACUUAAUUCAAUGUUGCUAUUGAAUUGAUAGCUACCAAAUCUGCCGUUGAAUUAUUAACAUGUAGGAUGAAAAACAAUUUUUGAAUAUAUGUUACUACCGUUCUGACCGGGAACCGCGAGCGGUGGAAAUUCUAACUGGAUACCUUAAUCGUGGAGUUGACGUCGAUGUGACAUCCCUAUAUGAAGCAAGCGCUCUCAAUCUCGUCUGUUUGACAAACUCAACACCAAACGCCAUUGACAUAGUUCGUUUGCUACUGGAGCACGGUGCGGAUCCGAAUAAAAGAUCUUCAGACUCCAGCACGCCGCUUCAUAAGCUCAUAUGGAUUAAUCACAGUGAAACUCUAAUUCCGUUGAUGUCUCUUCUCAUCCAGUACGGGGCGGAUGUCAACGCUCGUCAAGAGAAUGACGAGAAUUCUUUGCAUAGUAAAACCAAUUUCUUUUAUCGACUUCUUUCUCUUAAGGAAAAUUCUAAUAGCAGGAUAAUGUCAUUGCAGAAUUGCUACGGGUGAAUCAGACUCCCGACUUGCUCCGCGCAGUUCGUUUGUUAGUCGAAAACGGCAUCAGAGUAAACGAAAGUGGAGGUAGAGCCAAGGGAUUUGGAUCAUCGUUACACAUUUUGUGCGAAACCAAUCAGACGUCCCACCUUCUCAGUGUGGCGCGCUACUUGGUUGAGAGUGGAUCUAUCGUCAAUUUGAGGGAUGACAAAAACAACACUGUUCUUCAUCUUCUCAGCCGCUACAAUCAGACAGAUCACUUGCUACCCGUAAUACGCUUCCUUGUGGAGGCCGGAUUUACUGACGUCGACAUCAAGGCCAAAAAUGAUCAAGGCCAAACUGCGCUACACAUUUUGUGUCAAUAUAAUCAAUCUAAUCAGUUAUCCAACAUCAUCGAGUUCCUGAUUGAACAGGGCGUGCAGACGUCGGAAACUGUUAAUAAUUCACUGUCGGCUCUGUCCCUCGCCUGCAAAUACAAUCAGACGGACCAACUGCCGACAGCGAUGAAAUUAUUAAUCCCUUUGGAGGAUGUUAAUCAGACAGAUUAUUGCGGAAGUCAAGCUGCCCAUUUGUGCGCCCAGUAUCAGAAGAAAUACAUCAUCAAAUCACUGGACAUUUUGGCCGAUAAUGGUGCGGAUCUUGCGUCGACCAACUCAGACGGCGAGACAAUUUUGCAUCUUGCGUGCCAGUUUGCCGAUAAGCUCGAUCUUUUUUCGUUUGUUUCUUCACUUGACAAAGAACUGAUACGGAAGAUGAUGGAUUUAACAGACGUCGUUGGCAGGACUCCGCUUCACCUCGCCGCCAAAAGCGGGUGCACGAAAACUGCACAAUUCUUGGCCGGAUUUGCUGGUGUCCGAAUUUUGGAUACUUUCGGUCGAUGCUUUGCAGAUUAUUUGAAAUACUUUGUACUGGAGAAAGGAACUCCGCUUUGUAUCUGCUGUCGAGGAGGCAGCUACCUCAACAUUGCUUCACUUUACCAAAAUUAUUUUUUUAGGUCGACUGUUCAAUCGAUUAGCGCUCCUUUCUCCAUCGCCAAGAUAGAGGGAUCCAUUCCGAUACAAAUUGAUCAUGUCUACGUGUUCAACGCGAUAGAUAAAUACACUAAAACACCAGCAAGCAAUCGAUGGGAAAACUUACUUCGGAUUUGGAAUAACCCGAAAAAGAAACUGAAUUUUGCUAUGGUCACCGCUGUUGCAGAAUCGGGGAUGCGAUGCUGCCACUCAUGCGUCCAGCGUAAUUGCGUCUGGUGCCGUCUCCAGUUUUCCGUUAGUGGUUACAUCCAUUGCUUGAUAGAAGAAGUUGAGAAACUGGACGAACGUUUUGCCACCCAACGACUCAUCUUCUACGGAAGCAGCGCCGAACGGACCAAACUCUUUCAGCUGGACGAAUUCGACUUCCUCGUUGUGUUAUCUCACUUUGUCGAAGAGGAAGCAGAGAGCGGCCAUCGCGUCAUUUAUGUUGGUGAAAGCCAGUCUGCGUUUCUAAGCCACGGAAACGGCCAACUCGGAAUCUCAUCAGGCAGAGCUGUUUAUUAUUUCUACCAACUGCUUCGAGCGGCCACCAAACGCGUCGAUUGCUUCAACAUCCACGUUCGCGACAUCACCUUUGGAGAGACAUGCACGACACUUCAUCUAACGUUUUGUGGUAACGAGCAAAUUAUUCCCAUCAGUAUCGAUAUCACCAUUGGUGUCUCUCGGGGUGUCUUUCGCUCUUCUUCGCUACAACCAGCAAAGCAAGCAGAAAGCACUGUAAAGCUUCCUGACUAUUGGUGUCACUCCAAUUUGGACGAAGAAUUCGAGUACUUAGUUCCAUUUCGAGACAAGUGCGGGCCGCCGGAGUGGCGACUGUCUUACCCAAUUCUAGAGAGAGAUACAAUUUUAGGAACUGGUGACGAGGUUCGCUUGUGUUAUCGCAUUUUGAAGCUUUUGGUUAUGUUGUGUCAGCGACGCAAUGCAUCCAUCACGGAUGAGAAAUUGUUGCCCCAGAAGACAAGGCCAUCGACUUACUGUCUGAAAACCUGCCUUUUCCGCUACAUGAAAUUGAACAAUCCACCUUGGAAUGAAGAAGAUAUGAUAUCGCAUUGCAUAGCAAUCAUGGAAGUUUUGCUCACUCAUCCCGGAGUUCAUCUCAAAUCUUUCUUUAAUCCUUUAUUAAACGUUUCUUACAUUGAUCAUGAAGCCUUGGCUGUUUGCUCGAACAUUUGUGAUCGCCUUCGUUCAUGCUUAACUUAAAAAGAAAAAUAAACUGUCGUUGAAAUCA